AUGGCGCGAGUUUUCCCAGCUUGCGGGGCUCCCUCCGCGCGCCCGCCCGCCCGCCGCCGGUGCCGGCCCUGCGCUCGGGGCCCCCGCGGGUCGGCCACCAUGUCCGACGACGAAGCCGUUUUGGCACAAACGCUGUCCCGCGCACCAGGCUUCGGUGCGCCCCCCCAUCGCCCCCCCCACCUGGGAGACAGGCCGUCAGCGACCUCGCCCGACGCCGCCAUGCCGCGCACACCGCUGAUGAGCUCCCUCCUCGUGCUGGCGCUCUUGGCCUUCGGCCUCCGCUACGCCUUCGUGCCAGCGCCCCAGGCCAGCGCCGUGCGUUUCCUGGAGCUCUCGCCCGCUGCCGCAGCUGCGCUGGCGGGCGCUGCGCCCGCGGUCGCAGCAGAGAUCGACGCUGCGGAGGCGUACAACCGCAAGGUCCUGGAGGGCGCUGCGUACGGGGGCAUGCUGUGCAUCUUCAUGCUCGGCCUCAUCGUCCAGGGUGUUAGGAGGGACGUGGGCAACAAGUGGCUCAAUUGA